UGCAUGAAUUUCCACCAUCACAAAUAUUUUUUAAAGUUUUGAGACUUUUUAUAAUAACAGUAAAAACAAAACCUAUGUAUAUGAAGCAGAAGCAACUACCUAGGUAAACAAUGCUAAAGAUGUAACACUGAACCCGCAGUCCUGACAAUUCACAAACACGAUAGAAACAAAUAGCUGAAAAAACGCAGGAUUUUAUAUAAGGGGUCGGUGGUGGUUUGAACUGCAUAUUUUCCUUACAGCCCCAGAUUAUCAAUCCAGAUUGUUUUCACCAGAUCUUCGCUCCUUACCCAGUCAGGUGAUGAUUGGUUCGUGUGGACAACCAGCAAACCUGGAAGAUAUCUUUGAAUCUGUGGUAAAUCUUGAACAGCAACAUAUUCAGCAAGGGUACAAUGAGGGUUUUAAAGAAGGAAUAGAGCUGGGAAAAGUAGAAGGAAGAGAUGUGGGUUUGAAACAUGGUUUUGAAGUAGGGGAAGAAUUGGGCUUUUACAGGGGUUGUAUCAAUGUAUGGAAAGCCGCUCUUGAGAUUGAACCAACUGUAUUCUCGACAAGGGUUCACAAGCAGAUAAAACAGCUAGAGGAAUUGGUAGAUAAAUACCCAGUUCUUGAACCAGAAAAUGAGUCUGUUCAAGAUAUUUUAGAAUCCAUGAGAACAAAAUUCAAAGCCAUCUCAGCAACACUGUCGGGCAAUCUUGAAUAUGAAGGAUAUCCAAAGAGUAACAAUACUGAAUUUUGAGUGCGUAUAAAAUAUCUUCUUCAUAUGUUUCACACAUGCUUCUUCAGGAAACUAUGGAUUGCUAUUUUGCCUGUUCAAAACAACAACGUUGUUCUUUCAAAAAUGAUUUGAGACCUAUUUAUUCUUGUUAUAAGUUGGGGAAAUUUAGCACUAAACAUUCAGGUGGACAUUUACCAAACAUUUUAAAUAUUUGGUGCAAGGCAAAGCAAGUGAGUCUGAAACAGGUCACCCAGCUUGAGCCAGAACCUGUUCUUCAAUCUGUAACAGCCUUUGCUCCUGCAACAAUAGCUAAUCUUGGACCAGGGUUUGAUUUUCUUGGUUGUGCUGUUGAAGGCUUAGGGGAUCAUGUUAGUGUAGAGGUGAAUGAAGGGAUAGAGCCUGGCAAAAUUGUGAUCUCUUCGAUAUAUGGUGACAACAAUAGACUUAGUCAUGAUCCAGUGAAAAAUUGUGCCGGGAUUGCAGCCAAAGCAACCAUGGAAUUGCUUGGAAUCCAUUCUGUAGGCUUGUCACUUUCUCUUCACAAAGGUCUGCCGUUGGGAAGCGGGCUUGGCUCGAGUGCAGCUAGUGCAGCAGCAGCUGCAAUAGCAGUGAAUGCCUUAUUUGGGAGUAAAUUAACAAAAGAAGACCUCGUUGUGGCUGGAUUGGAAUCAGAAGCAGCUGUAAGUGGCUAUCAUGCAGACAAUGUUGCUCCUUCUUUGAUGGGUGGUUUUGUUCUUGUUCGGAGCUAUAGUCCACUUGAUCUUAUCUCCCUUCCAUUCCCCAAUGAUAAAGAGCUCUUCUUUGUGCUUGUGACUCCUGCUUUUGAAGCCCCAACAAAAGAAAUGCGAGCAGUGCUUCCAACAGAAAUUACUAUGAAGGAUCACAUAUUAAAUUGUAGCCAGGCAGCAGCUCUUAUUGCAGCUGUCCUUCAGGGGGAUCCUUGUCUUCUGGGAGCUGCACUAUCAUCAGAUUCUAUAGUUGAACCCAGAAGGGCCCCCCUAAUUCCAGGAAUGUUGGCAGUGAAGGAAGCUGCUCUUGAAACAGGUGCAUUUGGAUGCACUAUAAGUGGAGCUGGGCCUACUGCUGUAGCUGUUACAGACUCUCUGGAAAAAGGAAAGGCUAUUGCUGAAGCUAUGGUGGAUAUGUUCCUAAUGAAAGGGAAACUAAAAGCCUCUGCAUCAGUUGAGAAGCUUGAUAGAACUGGUGCACGAGUUGUUUAACCAAUGCUUGAAAAUUUGGUCCUCUUUACAUGUGUUUCCGUUUGGAUCUAAUAAGUACGAAUUGCAUAAGAAUAAUUUGCUUACUUAUUUAAACAUUUGGUACUGCAUUUUGAUGUUUUUUUUGCUAGUUUAUGAGAGAUUAAACUUUAAGAAGUCUGGGAUAUGUUUCAAUUUUUAAAAAUAGUUUAUUUAUAAAGAGCUUGGAUAUCAAGCUAUUACUGUUUGCUGUUA